GCCCUCCGGCGCGGCCCCCAGCUGCCCCCCGCGCCGGCGCCCCGGUGACCGCGUUGCUUUCCGUGCUGACUCUCCCAUUUUCGCCGGCAGAGCAGUCUCGGCACCAUGUCCGUGAGCAGCCACGAGAACCGCAAAUCCCGCUCGAGCUCUGGCUCCAUGAACAUCCACCUUUUCCACAAACCGGGCCAUGCCGACAGCCUCCUCACCCACCUGAACCUGCUCCGCAAGCGGCACCUCUUCACCGACGUGGUGCUGCGAGCGGGGAACCAGGCCUUCCACUGCCACCGCGCCGUCCUGGCCGCCUGCAGCCGCUACUUCGAUGCGAUGUUCAGCGGGGGCCUGAAAGAGAGCAGAGACGCCGAAGUCAACUUCCACGACUCCCUCCACCCCGAGGUGCUGGAGCUGCUGUUGGAUUACGCCUACUCAGCCCGGGUGCUGAUUAACGAGGAGAAUGCAGAGUCCUUGCUGGAAGCCGGGGAUAUGUUGCAGUUUCAGGACAUUCGGGAUGCUUCGGCUGACUUCCUGGAGAAGAAUCUCUACCCUGGGAACUGUUUGAACAUGCUGCUGCUGUCCGAUGCCCACUGCUGCGAGCGGCUGCUGGAGCUGUCGUGGAGGAUGGCGUUGGCCAACUUCACCUCGCUCUGCAAGACUGAAGACUUCCUGCGACUGCCCAAGGACAAGCUGCUGGAGCUGGUGGAGAGCGAAGAGCUGGAGGUAGAGGACGAGACACUGGUCUACGAGGCUGUUAUAGGCUGGAUCCGAUACGAUUUGCCCCGACGCCAUGAAGUUCUGCCAGAGCUGCUGCGCUCUGUCCGCCUGGCCCUUCUGCCCGAGUCCUACCUGCGCAAGCACGUGGCCUGCGAGAAGCUGGUGACCAGCCACAAGCUGGGGCAGGAGAUCGUGGCCGAUGCCAUACGGUGCAAAAUGAAGAUCCUGCAGAACGACGGCCUGGUGACGGGGUGCUGUGCCCGACCCCGCAAGGUCAGCCAGGCCCUGCUGCUGCUCGGUGGCCAGACCUUCAUGUGCGAUAAGAUUUAUAUGCUGGAUCAUAAAACCAGCGAGAUCAUUCCCCGUGCCGACAUCCCCAGCCCUCGUAAAGAGUGCAGCGCCUGCGCCAUCGGGUGCAAAGUGUACAUCACCGGGGGCAAAGGCUCUGAAAACGGUGCUUCCAAAGACGUCUGGGUUUACGACACCCUCCAUGACGAGUGGGCCAAAGCUGCUCCCAUGCUGGUGGCACGCUUUGGCCACGGCUCGGCGGAGCUGGACCACUGUCUGUACGUGGUGGGGGGUCACACGGCGGUGAGCGGUGCCUUCCCAGCCUCUCCCUCCGUCUCUCUCAAGCAAGUCGAACACUACGACCCGCAGCUGGACAAGUGGUCCUUGGUGGCCCCUCUGCGGGAAGGUGUGAGCAACGCCGCCGUGGUGGGAGCCAAGAUGAAGCUGUUCGUUUUCGGCGGCACCAGCGCCAACCAGGAGAAGCUGCCCAAGGUGCAGUGCUUCGACCCCCGCCAGAACCGCUGGACGGUGCCCACCAGCUGCCCCCAGCCCUGGCGCUACACGGCGGCCGCCGUGGUGGGCAGCCACAUCAUCGUCAUCGGCGGGGACACGGAGUUCUCGGCCAGCUCCGCUUAUCGCUUCCACAGCGACACGUCCCAGUGGUCCAAGUUUGGGGACGUCACCGCUAAGCGCAUCAGCUGCCGCGCCGUGGCCUCGGGGAACAGACUGUACGUGGUGGGAGGCUACUGCGGGGCUCAGCGCUGCAAGACCCUGGACUGUUACGACCCGUCGUCUGACAGCUGGCGCAGCGUCACCACGGUGCCUUAUUCUCUCAUCCCCACCGCCUUUGUCAGCACCUGGAAGUACCUGGCAGCGUGAGGCCGAGAACCUGGGAGGGAAAGGGCUGCAGCUCACCCCAGAGCUCCUCUGUGUAACUUUGCACUCCGUGAGGGUUCAGCCCUGAAGGGCAGGUGCACGUGGAUCUGGACUGAAGCUGUCCUAGAGAACAGCUUUGUGUGAGCAUCAGCUCCAGAAAUGUGCUUCCAGGCUGGUAGUUUGGGAUGUAAAACCCUGCAGGAGAGAGAACUUCUCUUUAGGUGCUGAAAUGCUGUGGGGAGAAGAUGAGGAUAAAUAAGGAGACACUUAACCUGGCAUCCUUGGCCUAUGCAAAGAUUUUGGGGAAUGCUGUGAGGAGGAUUGGGUGUCGUCCCUGGUACACAGCCGUGGCUGUGUGCACAGGCUGGCUGGCUGCAGGAGCUGGGGCAGACUCUGCGGUGCCGUGGGGGACAGGCUGCUGCUUUUAGCACAGCCUCCUCCUCCUCCUGGUGCCACAGUUAAUCUGCCAGUGGCACCCAAAUGUCUUGUGGGACGUGAGGGCUGGGAGCUGGUGCCAGGACGAGAUUAUAGCUGGGAUUUAGUCUCAGAAUGGUUGGUAAUUGCAUUUGUAAGACAAGCCCUGUCUACAUAUAAACACAGGUUUCUCUGCUUCUAAUUCUUCUCUGGUGUCCCUUCCUGCCAUUUCUUUCCUGCUACACAGCAAUUAACCCUUUAACAACAUGCAACUGGAAUGAAACCUUCCUAAAGGCUCUUGGCAGAGGAGAUGCCAGAGAAGCACAGAUCCCUGCGGGUUUUUUCUUUCCCCUUGCAAGAAAUGUGCUACUCCACUGAACUUGUCUAAUGCAAUAAAAUGUCCUGCAAUGCCUACAGGGAAUUCCUGGGUGCAGAGGGCAAUAAGGAGCUGUCACUCCACCAUAACCAGUGGUGGAGGUUUCGAGGCCUGGGUGGUGUUUGCUGUACACUGGUCUCUCGCUGCUUCCUUCUGCACUACAGGCUUCACGUCUGAUUUUUAUUUGCCUGUGUCUCACCUCACUGAGGAUCCAGCCAGGAGACAACUGGCAGCAGCAGCAGCAUCUCCUCCUACCUGACAAGGCUGUGAACUGGAUGCCAGCCUGUGCCUGGAUCUCAUUAGCAUGGACAGGGCUCACAGCAACACAGCUUUGGCUUUGAACUGCUUCUGUAAAUCCCCUGUGUUGGACCAGGGAGGGGAAAAGCACGGCCAGACCUCCCUAGACCAGUAACUUGUGCUGGCCCUUGACAUGGCAAAAGGUUUCCAAGUUUUCUCCUAAUUUAUGUGAUUCAGAGCAGGAACCAGAGGAAUGUUUUUCACUUCUUUCGUUGAAUAUUUUGGUUUGAUAUUUACUAGAGAGGACAAAGGAAGCUCCUCAGUAAGUGGCAGCAGGCUCUGGACUGCUGGGACUUGGAAUGCAGGCAGCUCCAGAGGCAGUUGCCUGAAAUGUCUUAACAUGUGACAGUACUUUGCCCAUGGGCUGGUUCUGCACAUUUUGGU